UGCUCGCUCGCGCGCGCACCCGACGCCCCGCCUCCGCGCGUGCUCAAUAACUGUCCAGGGAGCGGGCCUACCAGCUUCCCCCGCCCCUGAGCUGUUUGAAUAUGCUAAGUAGAGGGUAGGGAGUACCCAAUAGAACAGCGGGGCGGUGCAUCACGUGGCGCGGGGACGUGUCAGAGGGCGGAGCUCCUGCAGCCCCUGCCCGAGUUAAAACCGGAGUGUGAGCGAGAAAAGCGCUUCAGUAGCGAGAGGGGCUGAGAAAGUGGUGACACCGCCGGGGUGCGGAGGGAGUCCCUGAAACUUCUCCCAACAGCCCCAGGGCCAAUCUCCCCUCAGCCCACUCCCCUCUUCGCCAGCUCCCUGGUCCCCACUCCCUGCAUCGGGGGUGGGGUGGGGAGCCAGGCCCGUCUCCCGCGGGGACACACAUAGGGGCCGGGAGCGGGGACGGGACCCCCAGGCAGGGGGGACGGACCGACAGACAGACGGCCGGGCGCACGCCCCAGCGGGCAGGCGGGCAGGAGGAGGCGGAGACGGGGGUACGACGGGGAGGACUGGGUCUGGGGAGUUUCCUCUAACUAUCGGGGGAGAAACUCCUCGCAGCCGGAGGAAAGACCCAGACGGUGUUUUCCUCCCCGGGACCACGCUCCCCCGCCCCGCGUAGCGGCGGUGGCCGCCACCGGUGCCUCCACCUCUACCAUCUCCUUUUUCUCCACCACCUCGGGCCCCGGUGUCCCUGGCCAGCACUAUGCCCAUCUUACUGUUCCUGAUAGACACGUCUGCCUCUAUGAACCAGCGCAGCCAUCUGGGCACCACCUACCUGGACACGGCCAAAGGCGCGGUAGAGACCUUCAUGAAGGCCGGAUGGAAGGAAAACCAUGCAACGUUUAUGAAUGAACUGAAAAACCUUCAGGCUGAAGGACUUACGACUCUUGGCCAAUCUCUAAGGACAGCUUUUGAUUUAUUAAAUUUAAAUAGAUUAGUAACUGGCAUAGACAACUAUGGGCAGGGAAGAAAUCCUUUUUUCUUGGAGCCAGCAAUAAUUAUUACAAUUACUGAUGGGAGCAAGUUGACCACUACCAGUGGAGUCCAGGAUGAGCUCCAUUUACCUCUCAAUUCUCCUUUGCCUGGAAGUGAAUUGACCAAGGAACCUUUUCGCUGGGAUCAGAGGCUCUUUGCAUUAGUGCUGCGGUUGCCUGGCACUGUGUCAGUAGAAUCAGAACAGUUGACAGGCGUGCCUUUAGAUGACUCUGCAAUCACACCAAUGUGUGAAGUAACAGGCGGCCGCUCAUACUCUGUAUGUUCUUCAAGAAUGCUUAAUCAGUGUCUGGAAUCCUUGGUGCAGAAAGUACAAAGUGGGGUGGUAAUAAACUUUGAAAAAGCAGGACCAGAUCCUGCCCCUGUAGAAGAUGGACAGCCAGAUAUAUCAAGGCCUUUUGGAUCCCAGCCUUGGCAUAGCUGUCACAAACUCAUAUAUGUCAGACCAAAUCCUAAAACCGGAGUUCCUAUAGGUCAUUGGCCUGUUCCAGAAUCUUUUUGGCCAGAUCAGAAUUCUCCAACACUACCACCUCGUACAUCUCAUCCUGUAGUGAAGUUUUCCUGUACAGAUUGUGAACCAAUGGUUAUUGACAAAUUGCCUUUUGACAAAUAUGAAUUGGAACCUUCACCGCUGACUCAGUUUAUCCUGGAAAGGAAAUCUCCUCAAACUUGUUGGCAGGUGUAUGUGAGCAAUAGUGCAAAAUAUAGUGAACUUGGUCAUCCUUUUGGUUACUUGAAAGCCAGUACAGCACUCAACUGCGUCAACCUAUUUGUGAUGCCUUACAAUUAUCCAGUCCUUCUUCCCCUCUUAGAUGACUUGUUUAAAGUGCAUAAAGCAAAACCAACAUUAAAAUGGAGACAGUCGUUUGAAAGUUAUUUGAAGACAAUGCCUCCCUACUAUCUUGGGCCCUUGAAGAAAGCUGUUAGAAUGAUGGGAGCACCUAACUUAAUAGCAGAUAGUAUGGAGUAUGGACUCAGUUAUAGUGUCAUUUCAUACCUCAAAAAAUUGAGUCAACAGGCCAAAAUAGAAUCUGAUCGAGUCAUAGGAUCUGUAGGCAAAAAAGUAGUACAAGAAACUGGCAUUAAAGUUCGAAGCCGAGCACAUGGCUUAUCAAUGGCGUAUAGGAAAGAUUUUCAACAACUGCUCCAGGGAAUUUCAGAGGAUAUUCCUCACAGACUUCUAGACCUUAAUAUGAAGGAAUAUACUGGGUUCCAGGUUGCUUUACUAAAUAAGGAUUUAAAGCCUCAGACAUUUAGAAAUGCUUACGACAUACCAAGACGGAAUCUUUUGGAUCACUUAACAAGAAUGAGAUCAAAUCUUUUGAAGAGCACCCGCAAAUUUCUUAAAGGACAGGAUGAAGAUCAAGUGCACAGUGUUCCUAUAGCACAAAUGGGGAAUUACCAGGAAUACCUCAAGCAAGUACCUUCUCCACUGAGAGAACUUGAUCCUGAUCAGCCUCGAAGGCUGCAUACCUUUGGGAACCCCUUUAAACUGGAUAAAAAGGGAAUGAUGAUAGAUGAAGCAGAUGAAUUUGUGGCUGGACCUCAAAAUAAACAUAAACGACCUGGAGAACCAAAUAUGCAAGGGAUCCCCAAAAGACGUCGAUGUAUGUCUCCACUACUACGAGGCAGACAGCAGAACCCUGUUGUGAACAAUCAUAUUGGAGGAAAAGGACCACCUGCACCUAUAACUCAAGCACAGCCAGAUCUUAUUAAACCCCUUCCACUUCAUAAAAUUUCAGAAACCACUAAUGAUUCAACAAUAGAUGAUGUGGUUGAAAAUCAUGUUGCAGACCAACUUUCACCAGAUAUUACACCAAAUGCUAUGGAUACUGAAUUUUCACCAUCUUCUCCAGCCAGUUUACUGGAGCGACCAACCAAUCAUACAGAGGCUUUUGGUCAUGACCAUUUAGGAACUAACGACCUCACUGUUGGCGGGUUUUUAGAAAAUCAUGAGGAGCCAAGAGAUAAAGAACAAUGUGCUGAAGAGAAUAUACCAGCAUCUUCACUCAACAAGGGAAAAAAAUUAAUGCAUUGCAGAAGCCACGAAGAGAUCAAUACUGAACUAAAAGCACAAAUAAUGAAAGAGAUCCGAAAGCCAGGACGAAAAUAUGAAAAAAUCUUCGCUUUACUGAAGCAUGUGCAAGGCAGUUUACAAACAAGGCUAGUAUUUUUACAAAAUGUCAUUAAAGAAGCAUCAAGGUUUAAAAAACGAAUGCUAAUAGAACAACUGGAGAACUUCUUGGAUGAAAUUCAUCGAAGAGCCAAUCAAAUCAACCAUAUUAAUAGCAAUUAAACAAAAAUAGAAUGUGGCCACUUAUUUCACUAUCUUCUCCAAAUACAAAGUAAAUACAAGACUGUUGUGAUCUUGCAUUCAUUUUUGACAUGCAUUGUUGGAUAUUUGAAAUACUAAAAGCAAGUCUACAGAUCCUUUGUCCAUCAUUUUACAGUGACCUUUUCUUCAUUUUGGUUUAUUUUUGUAAUGUGAAGAAGUAUCAGUCUAAAAAACAUUUUUAUUUAACAAACUAAAAAUAUUCCUUCAAAUCUCUUGCUUGUCAUUGACUCUGCGUGUCAAUUUCCCUCAGGUUCUAUUUUCUUAACCAACCUUUAAAUUGUCACCUCUGUUAAGGUUGAACUUUGCCAAAAAAAAUUAAAAAGUUACUUUGAAUUUUUGGGGAAAAAAGCACAUACAUUAAAACUAGGUAAUGUUUUGUAUAUACAGUUAUUUUGGAUAUAUUAUUGUAAGUUGUACAAAUGUAUUUUGAAGAAUAUUUAAGAAAAGCACUUUUGUUAUCCCAUCAAUAAAUGCUCUAUUUUA